AUGUCUGAGCAGGUUGUGUAUCCGCCUCCUCCAAGCCAGGCGCCUUCUUUUCCUCCAUACCAGCCACCACCCCAGAGCUUUCCUCCUCCGAACCUCAGUUUUCCGCCGCCUCCACAGCAGCCUGUAACUUCGGAUAAUGACAAGGCCGAUGUUUCUCCCAUAUCAUCUCCAAAUGGGUCGACGACUCCACCGUUAAAUGAGAAGGCCGCCUAUGCAGCUGAAAAUGGCGGGUCCUUUGCUGCCAACUCAGCCAUGUUUAGUUCUCCAGAAGCCCAGCAAGCACCAACACCAGGGCCAGGCCUCACACGAGCGCAUACAGAUGCGACUCUCGCGAGCCGAGUCGCUCCGAAACACUUCGUAGGAGCCACGUCUACAUAUGCGGACGAUGUAGGAACUUUCAAUGGUGGCAGCUACAGGAUCAGCCACCGGGACACAAACACUCUCUUGACUAUUCAGCUAGCAGUAGGGUGUCCCAUACAGGCGAGACCUGGCGUCAUGAUCGCAAUGUCACCCUCCAUGUCCCUACGAGGCUCACUUUCAUUCGGCUGGAUGAAAGCUCUUGCAGGUGGCAACAUAGCCCGAUCGACAUACACUGGCCCAGGUGAACUGCUAAUCGCCCCAUCCAUUAUGGGCGAUAUCACCAUCAUCCGGUUAGACGGUUCAAACGAGUGGAUCGUCGGAAGAGAUGCUUUCCUUGCCUCCACAACCGGCGUCAAAACCGAAUACAAGACCCAAGGCCUCAUGAAAGGUGUGUUCUCUGGCGAAGGCUUCUUUGUCUGGAGAUUCUACGGCGCUGGUCUAGUAUGGAUGCAGAGUUUCGGAGCUAUUGUCAAGAAGGAGCUUGCCGAUGAUGAAACGUACUACGUGAAUAAUGGCCAUCUGGUGGCUUGGAACUGCCGCUACAAGAUUGAACGUGUUGCUUCCGGUGGUAUCAUCUCCAAUUGGAGUGCUGGUGAAGGUCUGGCGUGUAGGUUCACUGGCCCUGGUACUGUGUAUAUGCAGACGCGUAAUGUGUCUUCGUUCGUUGCCCAUUUGGGUGGUGAUAUCUCUAAGAACCGAUGAUGCUGGCUUGUGAUCUAUUGGGCUAUCUGGUCAUGGUUCUUUUCUUUCUUGGUUAUAGUGUCUACGUGGUUUUUGCUUGUUUGGCUUUAUAUAAUUACCCUGCUAUAUACCUGACACGUACUUGUAUCUACUCAUGUGCUUUCUACGAAGUCAUCAUUUUGCAUAGUCACAAAAUUGGAUAUCUUUUGUCACUUCUUUUGGGUAGCUUUUCAUGACUCUGGCAGGCUCGACCGCUUUUUCAAGGCGGAAGCAAAAUCCAGCACAAUUUCUGCUUCAUCUGCCAUGUCGCCAGCAUACGUGAAAUCGGAGUAAGGUCAUACCAAUCCAUUUACCUAUCAUGCCAUGCUAAGAAAUCUUCACUUCGUCUCUCUCGCCUCUUCCCUUUUUUUAAAUCCCUUGCACCCUGAAACCGAACCAUCGAAAGCCAAGAA